GAGACCCAGCAGGAGCCGAGAACUGCCAACUUGUCGAAUAACAAAAGGCAUGGAGACCAGUGGCGCCAGCUGGGCGGAUGGACACUGGGAGACACAGCCAGGGCGAAGGAGUUCCGACCUUGUUCGCAGGGGAGGAGAACUUCCGACCUUGUUCGCCGGGGAGGAAGACCGAGACUUGCGCGCCCUUGGACUGUGAGCGGAUAAAAGCCCAGGGGUUCCUUUGUUGCGGGCCUCUUCGGAAUCCUCAGCUCGACCUGUUUUUAUGUCCCUGCGCCGUGAAUAAAUUGGUUUAUGGAACCAGACGUAUGCGACUCUGCUGCGGGAAACCUGCGGUCGAACCGGGACAUGAAGCCUGGACUGGAAUAAAGGCAAGGACAAAGGCUCCUGCUCCAGUAACGAGUCGCUAUUGAACGGAACGGAAAGCGCGCUAAAAUAGUACCUCUCCACUGCACGGAAAGGUAAGCAAUUGUGGAAUAAGGGCAGAUUUAAAAGCCCGGAGGCCAAAAAGAGAGCCUUCAGAUCGAAACAAAGGCUGCUUUAAGCACCCAGGGGCCAAACUAAGAACCCUGAAACAAAUCGGCUGGCAAAUAGCUGCCCACAUCAAAAAGACUGCUUAGGAAAUGGGGUCUAAAAUGUCCUCAGAACAAAAGACAGUUUACAAACAGAUGAAAUGCCUGCUUAAACAACAUGAGCUCGAAAUAGAAGACCCUUCUUUGCAAAAUUUACUCCUGUGGGCACUGCAGAAUCAUCCCGAGUUGAAUGUUACUAAUGUCUUUGAUGACGUGGAAUGGGAUCUCAUUGGUGUCAGGCUAUCAGACUCUGCGACAAAGGGAGACAAACAGGCUGCCAGCCUUCUCGGAACCUGGAGGGCAGUCUUUCAGACUUUAAAAUCCCACACAGCUAAAAAGUCGUUACCCUCUGAAUCUGUCAUUACCGAUGACUCCAGCCAACCACCAGAGAGUGCAGCAGAGGAGGAGCUUGCCCCACCUCCCAUACCACCGGUACCCUCUGCGAGGGAGGGGGAGUGCCAAAAUAGGGAGGGGGAGUGCCAAAAUAGGGAGGGGGAGUGCCAAAAUAGCGGCGGCUCCUCUGCGCCCCUGUCACAGAACAACUCUAAAGUCCCUACCACCCGGGGCCCUAAUGAAAAUUCAAGGGAUUUCAAUCCCUUUGACUCUAAAAAGGAGCUCAGUUUAUAUCUUCCUGACCCUCAUGAUAGAUGGGCACAAGUGAGGCAGGAGGCUGCUGCAGCAGGAGACAUAGAAAUGCUGAAAUAUCUUCCUCAUCCGCCCCGCUGGGAAAAUAUUCCAUACCAAGUCCUGAAAGAAUUGCAAAAGUCAGUCACUGAUCAUGGCUUAACUGUUCCGUUUACAAUGGGGCGGUUAGAGAUUGUGUUUGAUUCCUUUACUUUAAUCCCACUUGAUUGCAAAGCAAUUGCAAGAAUGAUUCUCACUGCACUGCAAUUUAGUAUUUUUAAAACUGAGUGGGAAUAUUUGGCUGCGAGAGCUGCUGCAGAAAAUGCAACCAGUCUAAACAAUCUAAAUAAUCUAACAGCACAGCCUAUAAUCAGUAUGGAAAUGCUUCUGGGGACAGGACCCUUUGCCACUCGGACAGCGCAAGCCCAACUGCCAAUUCAUGUUCUGAACGAAGCUAAAAGGCUAGCUUUUCGAGCUCUUCGCGAAGUUCCGGAGGCUGGGACGGCUCGUCAGUCUUUUGUUACUAUUCUUCAGGGACCGCGAGAAACAUUUAUGGAAUUCACUGAUCGUUUAAAAGAUGCAAUUGACAAACAAGUAGGGAAUGGUACGGCACGAGAGAUUUUGUUGGAACACUUUGCAAUAAAGAAUGCUAAUAUAGAUUGCCAAAAAAUAUUACGAGCCUUACAGAACCCCACAAUUUCGGAAAUGCUUCGAGCCUGUCAAAAUGUGGGUUCACAAUCUCAUGAAAUGACUGCUUUAGCCGAAGCAUUAUCUGCUUUAAAAGGACCUUCUUCGUCUCAGCUAUGCUAUGGCUGUGGUCAGCCUGGACAUUUUAGAAAGCAGUGUCCGAACAAAAAACCUACCAGACAGCCUGGUUUAUGCCUGCGCUACCGCAAAGGUUUUCAUUAUACUAAAAAGUGCCGCUCAGAAUUUACCCAAGAAGGUAAACCGCUUCCUCCACAGGGAGGGGGUAAAGAGCAGUCGGGAAACUUUAAGGUGAGUGCGUCGGGACCCCAUGCGAUGACAGCAAGUGCUCCCGAGUUUCAGCCCAACCACUUGUACUAGCCAGCACCUUACGAGCACCCACCCUGGAUGAUAUUUUGAUCUGUGCAGCUACAACAGAAUUCACACAGCUAGUGCUGAAAGCUAUAAUUGCAGCAGUCACUGCCUAUGGUCUAAAAAUAGCACCAGAGAAAAUCCAGCAAGAUGCUCCUUGGCAUUAUUUAGGGUGGAUAGUAACACAAACAUCAAUUCAACCACAUGUUUCCCUAGAAACAUCCGUACAAACUCUUAAUGACCUGCAAAAAUUACUGAGAGUUAUUAAUUGACUCAGACUAGUGUUAUGCAUUACUACAGAUAAACUGCACACGUUGCUUACCGUCUUAAAGGAAUGCCCAGGCUUCUCGACAAUUAAUGCCAGAAGCAACCACUUCUGUGCAUGCUUUGGAACAAGAACUGAACUCUUGUCAAGGCAAUCGUCGCCUUCUAGAUGAACCAGCAGUUUUAGUUGUCCUAAUGGGACUCGCUCAGCCUUUUGGACUUUUGGGUCAACUGUUAAAAAACAAUUCUGAUUUUUGCUUGUGGGAAUGGCUCUUUCUAGCACAUCAGUUUCCAGAAGCUGUAAUGACUCAAGCAGAAAUGAUUUCACAAAUUCUCCGGAAAGGACGGCUUUAAUGUUGGGAACUUUGGGGUGUGAUCUACACACAGUAUAACUUGCCUUUAAAAACAGAAAGCUUGAAAUGGCUAGAAAAAGCCAGUUUGGAUUUCCAGACUGCCAUAAUCAAUUAUAAUGGGCAACUGAGUAUUCACUUACCUGCUUGUGCUUUUCUACAGCAACUAAACCACUUGCCAUUAAAGCUGAAGUCUCAUUGGUCCCCAAUCCCCUUAUCAGAUACACAAACUGUGUUUACUGAUGGCUCUGGACGCACUGGAAGAGCCGUAGUGGUAUGGCAAAAGGAUGGCGUAUGGCAAAACGAUAUACACCAAUUUAGUUGGGUCACCACAACUUGUGGAAUUUUCUGCAGUUGUCCGUGCCCUAAAAUUGUUUCAGGGCCCUCUUAACAUAGCUUCAGAUUCUCAGUAUGUGGUUGGCAUUGUCCAAUGCAUUAAACAUUCCUAUCUCAAAGAAAUAAGUAAUAAACCACUAUUUGCAUUGUUUCAAAGGCUAAUGUUUGUGGUUAAUAACAAGACAGUCUCUGUUUUUUACAGUGUGUGUGCGUUCUCACAUCGCAUUGCCCGGACCAAUGACAGAAGGCAACUGGUGUGCUAACGUGCUUGCAUGACCUAUAAUAGUGCCCCAGUUGUUUGAACAGGCUAAAUUGUCACACAACUUUUUCCACCAGAAUGCAAAGUUCGAAAAACCUUACACUUGACCAAGCCCUUUUUAUCAUUUCAUCCUGCCCAGAUUGUCAACAAAUCACCCCCUUAACUCCAGAAGGAGUUAAUCCCCGAGAGCUAGAACCACUUCAAGUGUGGCAAACAGAUGUUACCCAUGUACCAUCUUUUGGCAGACUGAAAUGGGUACAUGUCUCUAUUGACAUCUUCUCUGUAUUUUUAGUUGCUGCAGCUCAUUCUGGUGAAAAGAGUCGUGGUAUUCAACGCAAUUUUCUUACAGCCUUUGCUCAUAUGGGUGUUCCCAGGUUAAAACUGAUAAUGGACCCUCCUAUAUAUCUGCCUGUACCCGUGAGUUCUUUGCCCAGUGGGGCACUGAACAUGUUACAGGAAUCCCACUUUCCCCUACUGGACGAGCAGUACUUGAACGUGUGCAUUGUAUGCUCAAAGAAAUGCUACAAAAACAAAUUAGGGGGAGUGCGGGGUUGAUUCCUCAAGAAUGUUUAAGUAAAGCGUUAUAUGUACUUAAUUUUUAAAAUUGUUUAGUUGGGGACUCUGCCCCAGCUCAAUGCCAUAUUGUUCCAGCACACAACCCGAUGGAAGGUAAAGCUGAAGUGUUGCUUAAAGACCUGAGCACAGGGCAUUGGCCAGGUCCUCGGUCAUUGAUAACCUGGGGAAAAGGUUACGCUUGUACUUCCAGAGACAGAGGACAUUCCGUUUUGUGUGGCCAUAUCUUACACCAUCUUCCUAGUGACAGGAAUCCCUUCUGACCGGACCAGCCCCAGCCAAUGGAACGUCUGGGUGACCCUCGCCAAUGUGAUUGGAACUGACACGUUAUGCCUGUCUGUAGCUACUCUAUCAGAUCCGUUUCGUACGUGCUUGGUAGGCCUUCCACUCUCCAAGGAUCAAUGGAUGGCCUUUUUAAAUUCAUAUUUGUCUCAUUGUUCUUACCUUGACACUUACAAUACACCCCUGGCAGAGUACACAAAUACGAAAGGGCAAAGAGGGAAACAGCCAAAGGGAGAGUAUAAAGAUCAUUUUCCUACCCUCCCUAUAAAACCUCAAGGGAUAAGAUAUAAUGGGCAGCUUAACUGCCCCCUUUUGUUUUCAUUUUUACCCUACUGACCUGCAUUCAGAAAAUCUGCUGGCAGUUGAUGUGUCUUCUCCAGGAGCUUAUCAAAAUGACAGCUUUUGGCAUAAACUACCCAGCCCAACUAUCAUUAAAUAUGAGCCAUGUCCAAUUGGCUUGCUCGAUGGACUGUUUUUGAUUUGUGGACAAUGAGUCUGGAGAGGCAUCCCUGGUAAGGCAGACGGUGGGCCUUGUAUGUUUGGAAAGCUAACACUGUUUAACCCCAGGUAGUUACCCUCAGAUAGACCCUUACGCAGCAAACGAUUUGUGAACCAAUAUGCUUCAGACUGUAAUUCUAAUGUCUACUUUUGUGGCCCAGCAAAGAGAGUUUUUGCCAGCCUCAUAUCAGGCAUAGGGACUGCACACGCUUUAACUUCUUUAGAUGGACUUGCCUGUUUGCUUGCAAAAGAAACUAAUGCUACUAGUUCAGCUAUUGGUGCCUUAUUAACCGAGGUAGACUCAGUAAGAAAAACAACCUUGCAAAAUAGAGCAGCUGUUGAUUUUUUGUUAUUAGCUUAUGGACAUGGGUGUAAAUAAUUUGAAGGACUUUGUUGUAUGAAUCUCAGUGAUAAUUCUUAAUCGAUACAUCGAAGCAUUGAUAAGUUGAAACUUUCAGCUCAACUUGAAGAUGAUGAAGAAGAGUUAAGACAGUUUCAAUAGUUUCUUGAUAUGUUUCUUGAUAGUUAAGAUAGUUUCAAUAGUUUCUUGAUAUGUUUAGUGUAGGACCUUGGUUAAAGAAAGCAUUUAUAGUAAUAUUAAUGGGACCGUUUGUAUUCCUUUGUAUUAUGCUUUGUAUUCCCUGUUUAUUAUCCUGUAUACAACGUAUGAUUAAUUAAAGUUUUAUACAAGCUUCAAUUUUGCAGCUUGAAAACAAAAAAGGGGAAAUUGUGGGACAAAUUCUUUAUGACACAACAGAAAUAAGAAGUGAUCUCAGCAAGAAAGCAUGGGAUUUAAAGACAAAGAAAGUUUGUUUACAUUCACUCUGAAAUUUUUGCAUUAUGUAUUAAUUAAGCAGACUUGUAGACGCUGUGGUAAAUCUCUUUAUGACUUUGUUUUGCCCCAUCUCUCAUUGUAUUUGUGAUAAAGAAAUGCCUGCUUAUUUGUUUGAUGAAAAGCAUCUCCCUGUGUUUCUUGGACUUUUAAUCACGGCUAUGAAUGGAAGGUUUGUCCCUCCUUCCCAAAACCCUAUAUAUACCAAAAAGUC